UCCUUAUUGGACAAACUCUUACCGGACGAUGCUACUUUGGUUAGUAAACUCGAUGUUGAACAUACACCAACAUCAUCGUCGUCAUCGAAUUAUUUAUUUCGGUGUUAUAUUAUUGUAUCGAUGACUUUUAUAUGGACCGGCUACACAAUUGCGGUGAGGUUCACUCGUUCCACUACACCCAGAUCAAAGUUGUAUUCAUCCACAACUGUCGUAUUGAUGUCUGAAAUUGUAAAGUUAUUGAUAACUUUGCUCUUCCUGUUCCGUAUGAAGAACUCGAAGCUGUCUGAAUUCAUUAAGUGUAUAUCCGACGACUAUAUUGGAAAACCGUUAGAACUGAUAAAAAUGAGUGUGCCGUCGAUAAUGUAUGCCAUACAAAACAAUCUUGAUUUCAUCGCUCUCUCAAACCUCGAUGCUGGCACUUAUCAGGUAACGACUCAAUUAAAAGUGGUAACCACAGCAAUUUUCAUGAUGUUAAUAUUAGGACGUAAAUUUUCGUUGCGUAGAUGGAUUGCUAUCACUCUAUUAUUUAUCGGCGUUGCAGCAGUUCAAGUAAAUGUGGUACAAGGACAAAAGGAAGCAAAACCAUCCUCCGACAAUUAUCUAUUUGGUUUGAUGGCAGUUUUAAUGACUUGUGUCACAGCUGGCUUCGCCGGUGUGUAUUUCGAGAUGAUGUUAAAGGAUGGCACAAGUACACCACUUUGGAUCCGUAAUCUACAGAUGUACAGCUGUGGUGUGGUAAGCGCUUCAGUAGCGUGUUAUUUAGGUGAAUUUGAUGCGAUCAUCCGAAAUGGUUUCUUUCAUGGUUACAGUUAUAAAGUGGUUGCAAUUAUUGCCUUUCUGAGUGUUGGUGGCAUUUACAUAUCGUUGGUGAUGAAAUAUUUGGAUAAUUUAUAUAAAAGCUUUGCAUCAGCAGUGAGCAUUAUUCUUGUGGUUAUUAUAUCGUUGUUCUUAUUCGAUAACGUACAUAUUGGAUUCUAUUUCGUUGUGGGCUCAUUCGCUGUUUGUUGUGCCAUUUUACUCUACAAUUCGGUUGAUGAAUAA